AUGUCGCUGAAAUGUUUGAGCCGCGAUUCCUACCGGGUGGGAUGGAUAUGCCCGUUAGAGGUGGAACAAAUUGCGGCAAUGGAGAUGCUAGACGAGGAGCACCAACGUCUUCCGCAACCCAGCGGGGAUACAAACAUUUACAACCUCGGCAGCAUCAACAACCAUAACGUGGUUAUUGCUGGUCUUCCUCGGGCGGGGAACUGCUCCGCAGCUACUGUCGUCACUCAAAUGAAGAUGACGUUCCCAAACCUCAAGUAUGGCCUACUGGUCGGGAUUGGGGGCGGCGUACCGACAAAGACCGAGUUUGGAAUGAUCCGUCUAGGUCAUGUGGUCGUUAGUGAACCGACUGGUGUACACUCUGGAGCAGUACAGUACGAUCACGGAAAAGCGAACGCGGGUCACUUUGAACGCAAAGGAUUCCUCGCACCUCCGCCAACAGCUCUUCUUAACGCUGCGCGGGAGGUGGCUAUCCGGCGCCAUAGGAUGGACUAUGAUCCAAUUUGGAAGAACCUGGAGCGAAUCCAAACUAGUCGUCGACCACUUCGUCGCUUCAAGUUCCCCGGCGCUGCGAAUGACAAUCUCUACCCAGCCAACUAUACACAUGGGCAGCAAGGGAUAUCAUGUGAAGAUAGUGGAUGCGACCCGAGGCAGCGUAUCGAGCGACCGAUAGACGAGGAAGACGACUCGUUUAUUGUUGUACACCGAGGCACAAUAGCUUCAGGGGAGAUGGUGAUCAAGGAUGCUAAGAAAAGAGAUGAUCUGGCACAGGAGCAUGGGGUGCUAUGCUUCGAAAUGGAGGCUGCAGGGGCCCUUACUGAUUUCCCAUGUAUGGUGAUUCGAGGCAUCUCCGACUAUUGCGAUUCGCAUAAAAACGACCAAUGGCAUGGUUAUGCAGCGGCGGUAGCGGCCGCGUAUGCACGUCAGUUAUUCUUCCAUAUGUCCAUUGAAGAGGCACAACGAAAUCCGAACUCAAUGCCUAUCAAUUUCGAGCUCCCGCUUAAUCUGUCCGACAUAUCCGAAGUGACGCGAUUCGUUGCACGAAAAGAUCAGCUGGAGAGAAUGCAUGGUAUUCUUGACACAUCUGUUGGACGCCGUAUUGUUGUGGUGCAUGGGUUAGGUGGUAUUGGUAAGACGCAGCUAGCCAUCGCAUAUAUCAAACGGAAUCGGUCUCAUUACUCAGCGAUAAUAUGGCUAAAUGCAAGGGAUGAAACAACAUUGAAGCAAAGCUUUGCUCGCACAGCCGAGUGGAUUCUACGCCACCAUCCGUCUGUUACAUACAUUGCCAGUGCUUUGAAGAGUCGAGAUCUGGACGAGACAGUGAAUGCGACCAAGCGAUGGUUGGACGACCCGAUGAACGAUCGCUGGUUGAUCAUCUAUGAUAACUAUGAUAAUCCCCUACCGGGCAACCAUACGAGGAAAGGCAUAAGCUAUGCUUCCUCUGUCGAGGCAGGUAUACAUAGCGAUGAUGACAAAGAUCUUGCAAAGGCGUUUGAUCUUCGGAAAUUUCUGCCCGAGACCGACCAUGGUGCCAUUGUUGUGACCACACGGUCCUCUAUGGUAAAGCUAGGCCAAACACUUCACUUGCGCAAGCUAGAGGAUAUCAAUGAUAGUCUCGAGAUCCUGGCUUCCGUCUCUGGCCGUGAAGAUCUAAAAGAAGACCCCGUAGCCACUGAUCUUGCAAGGCAACUCGAUGGACUUCCUCUGGCCCUCGCGACAGCUGGCGCGUAUUUAGAGCAGGUAUCGAUCAGCUACACUGAGUACCUCCAGCUGUACCGAGAAUCAUGGCAGAGAUUACACGAAGAUACGCCACAGCUAGGGGCCUACGAUCAAACGCUGUACUCAACUUGGAAUAUUUCGUAUCGAUACAUUCAGCAGCAGAGUCCUAUUGCGGCUAUGCUUCUCCGACAAUGGGCCUAUUUCGCUAAUGAAGACUUAUGGUAUGAGCUGCUGGAGUAUAGCGGCCCGGAGAAGCCGGAAUGGCUGUGCGCACUGACAGAGAACAAGCUCACAUUUCAUGCAAGCUUGAGACUUCUGUGCAGCCACGGGCUCGUUGAAGCUGAUCCGACUACCAUAUUACAGCGUGUGGAGUCACGAGGGUAUAGCGUACAUGGCUGCGUUCAUUCGUGGAUGAUUCAUGUGUUAAACCAGGGGCUUGACAAGAGUAUGGCCUGGAUAGCAGUCAAAUGCGUAGCGGCGCAUGUGCCUCGGCGGGAAGAACACAGAUUCUGGCUUAUACAACGGCGGCUGAUUGCACAUGCAGAUAGAUGCCUGGAGAUAAUAAAUAAUCUAGAAGUUGAAGGUGAGGAUGCGGAGGCACUAUAUUCUUUGGGUUAUCUCUACGCGGACCAAGACCGGCUCCAAGAGGCAGAGGCGAUGUACGAACGAGCGCUAGAAGGCUACGAAAAGGCGCGGGGACGAGAACAUACGUCGACGCUAGAUAUCAUCAACAACCUCGGCCUCCUCUACGCGGAUCAAGGCCGGCUCCAAGAGGCAGAGGCGAUGUACGACCGAGCGCUAGAAGGCUACGAAAAGGCGUGGGGACGAGAACAUACGUCGACGCUAGAUACCAUCAACAACCUCGGCCUCCUCUACGCGGAUCAAGGCCGGUUCCAAGAGGCAGAGGCGAUGUACGAACGAGCGCUAGAAGGCUACGAAAAGGCGUGGGGACGAGAACAUACGUCGACGCUAGAUACCAUCAACAACCUCGGCCUCCUCUACGCGGAUCAAGGCCGGCUCCAAGAGGCAGAGGCGAUGUACGAACGAGCGCUAGAAGGCAAGGAGAAGGCGUGGGGACGGGAACAUACGUCGACGUUAGAUACCGUUAACAACCUCGGCAGCCUCUACGCGGAUCAAGGCCGGCUCCAAGAGGCAGAGGCGAUGUACGAACGAGCGCUAGAAGGCAAGGAGAAGGCGUGGGGACGAGAACAUACGUCGACGCUAGAUACCGUCAAUAACCUCAGCAACCUCUAUACAGAUCAAGGCCGGCUCCAAGAGGCAGAGGCGAUGUGCGAACGAGCGCUAGAAGGCUACGAGAAGGCGUGGGGACGAGAACAUACGUCGACGCUAGAUAUCGUUAACAACCUCGGCAUCCUCUAUAAAAAUCAAGGCCGGCUCCAAGAGGCGGAGGCGAUAUACGAACGAGCGCUAGAAGGCUACGAGAAGGCGUGGGGACGAGAACAUACGUCGACGCUAGAUACCGUUAACAACCUCGCCAUCCUCUAUAAAAAUCAAGGCAGGCUCCAAGAGGCAGAGGCGAUGUACGAACGAGCGCUGGAAGGCUACGAGAAGGCUUUUGUCGCGACCUCACCUUUCACCUACAUCCCUGCCUUGAACACUCUUAUAAACUUUGGCCUUCUAUGUGAGAACAAUGGGAAAGUUGAUACCGCUCUGCUGUAUUAUCAGCGGGCGCUGGUAGGCACUGAGGCUGUUUGGGGCCAGGAUAGCGAACGAUAUACCUGGCUUUCCAACAGAUUAAGAUCUCUACAGCGUGACGUGUGUGAGAUUUCUGACUGA